AUGGCCCGUCGGAGAAGGGCACCACCGGAUCCGACGCCACCAAAACCACCUACACCUCCACCUAAACACACUCCACCACUAGAUCCCACUCCACCACCAGAGUCUAUUAAACAGCCGACUAGCACAACUAGAAUGGUUACACCGGCAUCGGGAAUUGCUCAACCCCUACCCCUUAUGCAACUGUUUCACUAUAUGCCCGGGAUGGGCAGUGCUCCCACGGUGCUACAACCUCAAACCAGUGCUGGAUCUAUAAUUCCUGACCCUCCGGUGACAAACUCAACAGUAGCGGCGAGAAAAUUAACAUAUUCCGCUGAAGGUGAGGAAAAGGGUAAAUCCUUAGCGGAGGUGGUUAGGGGAAAUUGA